AUGAAGCUCAGCCUUGUUGCUGCACUAUUGUCAUUGACCAGCAUUGCUGGUGCUAUCAGGCUCCCGUUUGCUGCUUCAGCUGGACGUUAUCAUGGAUCGAUGGCGCUGGAACAAGUAGUGCAAAUCCGUGGAGGAAUGCAACUAUUUGUCAAGACGCUGACUGGUAAAACAGUCUCCAUUGAAGUCGAAGAAGGAGAAUCCAUUGAAGAUGUCAAGGCAAAAAUUUCAGAAAAGGAGGGAAUUCCACCAGAACAACAACGAUUGAUUUUCGGAGGACAACAAUUGCAGGACUCCAAAACUUUGGAUGAUUAUGACGUUGGUGAUGAUGCAACUCUCCACCUUGUUCUUCGAUUAAGAGGUGGUAUGCAACUGUUUGUAAAGACACUAACUGGAAAGACAGUCUCCAUUGAAGUCGAAGAAGGAGAAUCCAUUGAAGAUGUCAAGGCCAAAAUUUCAGAAAAGGAGGGAAUUCCUCCAGAACAACAACGAUUGAUUUUCGGUGGGCAACAAUUGCAAGAUUCCAAAACUUUGGAUGACUAUGAUGUCGGUGAUGAUGCAACAUUGCAUCUUGUUUUGAGAUUGCGAGGGGGAAUUCUUGGAAAAGAUUCCUUCGAGGUGGAUGACGACUUUGUUAAGGAACACUUGAAAGGUUUGUCGGACGAUGAUCGCACGCUUAUGGAAUCAUUUGUGUCUCAAAGUGUGGAAGGAAGCGAAGAAGCUGCAUCGAACAAGGAAGUUCGCGUCCGAAGAGCCCUAUUUCGAAUUGGUGAUAUGAAUGAAAAAGUGGGAGAUGACAGCCCACUUUUCAACAUGCUUAGUGCGCAGCCAACAUCAGCUGGCGAAUUUAACUACAAGGGCAAAUUACUUGAGACGAAUGGAAAGAAGCCAACCAAGUUGACGAAACUUUUCAAGCGAAGAGACAAUGAGGGAAAGCUCCUUGAAUCAUUGAAGAAAAUGAAGCUUGAUGAACCAUAA